GAAACUAAAAAGGAAAUUUGUUUGAAUAAAAAGUUAUUAAAGGAGUUUCAUUGUAAUGGAAAUUCCCGUAGUUGAAGAACCGUAGGCCUCUUAACUCGUAGUAUAUCAGUAUAAAUAAAGAAUAACACGCAAGGGAGGAGAUAAAAAUUGAUUUGCUUAGAGCCCAAGUUACAGAGAGAGAGAUGGAGAAAAGCCUUGAAUCUCUGAGGAGGCAUCCAUGGCUGAUUCCAAUGGUGAAAUCGAAGCUUUUUCAUGAAAAAUGCGAAGAGCACGCCAACAAGAAGCGAUGUUACUUCUGCUGCGACUGCAUGACCCCUCCGUUCUGCUCUCUCUGCCAAAAGAGCUCUCAGAACCAUCAGGGCCACACCCUCAUCCAAACCUACAGGAGUUCCUACCAGUCCGGGGUUCAGAUUCAGACUAUGUCCAAGUACUUUGACACUUCUGAGAUAUCCAUCUACGUCAUAAACUCCCACAAGAUUAUUUACAUCAACCAGAGACGCGACAAAGAACAUGCCUCUCGAGCCAAUGCUGCCUGCAAAUGCCAAGUCUGCGCAUGGGAACUCGACCCUGCCUCUUCCGCUAAGUUCUGUUCUAUAGAAUGCAAGUUGAGGAGUCUGCUCGGAUCGAAACUGGAUGAACUGAUCGAGAAACAAGAACCAGCAAGAACUGAAACUGAAGUCGUCGUCCCCAAACCUGUCAGAAGACACAGAAGGAAAGGGAUUCCGCAGAGAGGUCCGAUGUUCGAGACUUGUUAGAUUCGCAAACGAAAGAAUAGGAAGAAAAUCGGGGUUUGUGUAGUUGGAUAUUCUUUUAUAUAUUAAAAUAAAAUCAAAUCUGUUACGGCCCUCUAAUAGAUAGAGUUUAGCAAACAAACAGUUUAAUCUGUGAAGAUAUCGAUAACCGCAUA